AAUGGGAGCAGGGCCUACUGCUGGCGGGCGCGGCGCGCGCAGCUCCCCCCCCCUCCCCCCGCAGCUCCCCGGCUGGCCGUGGCGCUGUGUGCGGAGGGGAGGAGCUGAGGUGGCCGGGGCCCGGCGGGGGUGGCUCUCGCCUCCUCCUGGAAGGAGUCCGAGUCCCAGCCCCGCUGAGGGAGCCCGGCUGGCUGGGGAGGGCAGAGCAGCCUGCGAAGGAGCGGGCGGCCCGCUCGCUCUUCUUCCAGACAGACAGACUACUGUGGCUAGGUCCAAGCUUGAAGAAACAUUCCAGGCACAGACUGAAAAAGCACUCUGCUACCAACAGUACAUGGGAUUCCAGGGGCAGAUAGCUGAAGUCACUGGAGCUAUGACAACUUGCUUGCAUCAGCUGAGGAUCUGCUCCUAAGAAUAAAUGAGACUAUCAGAGCAACCCAAUUUGUGAACCUCAGUGGAGGUUGAACAGUCCCUUUUACUUACACCCUCAAGCCUUCGCCUAAUCUACUAGCAUCACUUGAACUUCAGCCACCUUAUUAUAAUCCAAGUUGCAGUUUCUGUUGUGCACUGAUGAACCCCACACACUCUGCUCUCUGGUUGCAUCAUUCUACUGAAGUGGAUGACUUGGGCUGUUAUCACAGUUUUAUAGUUCCACACCUUUUUGGAUGAAUGCGCUUUAAACAAAAUCUAGAAUCUUCCUACCUGGAACACCUUUCUAACUUGUAAAGUGUGCAGGAUGGAUGACGCUCCCUGAAUGGGUUCAUGUUGGGGAGAGGCCUAAAACGCAAGUUGAGUGACUAUGAGGAGAACAUGGCUGGUCUCUCAAGUGCCUUUGAUUCCAGUCGAAAUCUGCCAUAUCCACUUAAGAGGCAGUUAGUGCUGAAUAUGUGCCUCACUAAACUACAAACUUACAAAAUGCUGGUGGAACCAAACUUACACCGUUCUGUGCUCAUAGCCAACACAGUAAGGCAAAUUCAGGAGGAAAUGAGGCAAGAGAGUAGCCAGCAGCCAAUUAAUGUAUGCAGUGGCAUUGCUCCCAAUCCUCACUGCUACCCAGGAAUUGAUUCAUCUGCAAUUUCUUUACAUUUGCCUUCAGGUAGCAGCCAGCAAGAGUCUAACUGUUGUAACUCAUGGUCUGCAGAAGGCCCAAUUGAAAAUAGCCUGCUGAUGGUUUCAGAUGAUGACAUGUCGUCUGCCAUUUCAUCUAUUCUGAAGGAUUUGGACUUCAUGGAAGAUAUAAGUCCACCUACUUCUUUGGUUCCAGCUGGAGAUGAUGAGCCGCUGAAGUCUCCAGAAAACACAUGUCUAAAGCUAGAAGAUGAUAGACAAGAUUUGAAGGGAGCUGAAUGUGUAUUUGGUUCCUUUGAAAUUUCGAAUUCGACCAGUUACUUAAAAGAUUUGGCUAUAGAUGACAUCUUUGAAGAUAUUGACACUUCAAUGUAUGAUUCAGACUUCUGCUCUCCCCUACUAAUGGCACCUAGACCACCUUCUGCUGCUACAGAAGAAACAUUGAAAACCUUCCCAUCUUGCAAUUCUUCCUCAACAAACAAUAUUCCGAUAUGUAGAACAGAUCUGAGUGAGUUGGACCAUAUCAUGGAAAUUCUUGUUGGAUCUUGAUAUUUAUUUUUUUUUUUAACCAAAGAUACUUUCUGUACUGCCACUUAACAUUGGUUUGAGGAUAAAGCCACUGGGAAAGCUGCAAGGAAUUUCUUUUAAAACAAAACACAGUUGUCCAUGAGUAGUUCUUAAAAUGUCUGUUAUAAAUGAAAGUGGCAGUUUUUAAAGUAUUUAUUUGAUAAAUUGUGCAAUCAUCUUUUUCCUUCUGGGAGUGCGUGUGUGUAGUGACAUAAAAACAUAUGCACAUAUCCUUACCCGCCACCCCUCACCCCCUUUGAAUAAAUGUUUAUGUGCAAUUUUUAAUUUGUCAGAAGAAUUUACAUACAAAAUGAAUUUCAAAUGGGAAUCUCUUAUGAAGCCUAGAUUUUAUUUUUAAUAUUAAAAUACUUGCCAAGUUGGCAUACAUUGGAGUUGCAUAUUUGGAUUGUGCAAAUCCAUCAGCAUUACUAGAGAUAUAGUUAUAUUUUAAAAAUAUUAAAACAAAUGUCAUUUCCCUUUAGUCGGAAAAGCAGACUCAAGAUACUUGUCAGUGAAGUAUCUUGCAUUUUCUAAAGCAUUCAGAACUAUUUAUUUUUGUAAAUUUUAUAGUCUUUCUACAUUUUACUACGUUAUUUCAUCAUAGUACAAAUAUAAUGUAUUUCUAGCUGGAUGUGGCUAGUACUACCUCUCUAAGCUGAAAUGCUUUGACUCUUUCCAGUGCUUUGUCUAAGACUGCAAGUUUUUUUGUUUUUUUUUUGUUUCUCCAUGGUAUUUUUCUGUUGGGGGAAGGGGGGGCAUUUUUAAUUCAUUAAUUAGAUCCUUUGUUUGACAGUGAUGACCUAGCUGAUUUGUGAAAUUAAGAGUAUUAAAUGUUUAAAAUUUCUACAAGUAUUUGCAAAUGUAAUUUAUAUGUAUAAUGUCCAGUUUAACAUUUUCUGUCAGUAUUAUGUGCUUAGAUUUUAAAUAAUCUUGGCAUUCUUUAAAUUUAGCAUUUACUGUAAAGAUAGCUUUUUAUUCUGUUUGGAGAACGCCAUAUGUCUUCUUAGUCCUGUUUUCACUACAAAGAUUUUUUUUAAUGUGCAAUAUUACUUACAGAUACAUAUUUGCACAGAUGACAUUUUAGAAAGAAAUGCUUUAAAUUUAAACUUGUAAAGUAGCACCUUGGGAAAGGUAUCUGAAGAGCCAGUGUCUCUAUUCUUUUAAGAAAUGAGUUGAGCAUUUCUUAUAGUACCAACAUUCACUGUGUUGAAUACUCCUGAAAUGUUCUUGUAAAUGUGGUGGGUCAUUUCUGAUGACUAAGUACUGUCUUGUGAAAGCUCGGGGGUCAGCUCACUCUGAUGCAGUUGCAGGGCUGGAGCCUAAGUGUGCUUAGUAUGUUUCAAGUACAGAACAGAAGGGUUUGGUGGGUUUUUCUUUACAUUAUUAAUUGAAGAUGAGGUUUGUAGUGAGAACUGUUGCUCCAUGUGAUAGUGGGAAAUACAUUUUCCCUCAGACUGGGGUUUUUAUUAACCUCUGGAGUUGCUUUCUAAACUAUACAACACUAGUUUUCCCUUGAAACUGUAAAACUGUUUCAAUAUAGCCAUUAACGCUGCAGUACAUUUAGGACAAAAAAGUUUAUAGUGAGUUUUAAAAGUUCUGUAGUUCAUCUCAGUCUCGCCAUUUCCUAUGUCAUUUCUUUUUUCAGCCAGUAGCAGAAGUUUAGCAGCAAUAAUGUCUCCAUUUUAGAUAAAGGUAAUUUUUGCUCUUUUUUUUUUUUUUUAAGCAUGAACUUGCUCAUGUUCACUUCACUGUCUUUUGCUCGGAGCACUGCUUAGAUCUCCCCUAACACUCUUCAGCAUGUUUUUUAAAAGUGUUUGCUUUUGUUCCAUUCUUUAAUUUUUUUUGUGGGUGCAGUAUCUGAAAAGAAUAUGAAGAGCAAGAAAAUGUGCCCUAAGUGUUGCAUCUCAAAAACAAGGGGUGAAGUCCUGGUCUUGCAGAACAAUGGGAGUUUUGCUAUUAACUUCAGAUGGGCCAGUAUUUCACCUGGGAUCUUUAGUCUUAAAUAUGCUGCAGCAUUGGUUAUCCUAUGCUAAGAUCUCAAUUUCAGACCAUGUGAGUUCCCCAGUUAAUAGUCUGUAUGUACCCCAAAACUGCAAACCCAGUUUAGGUCACAUUCUCUCAGCCAUCUGGAUUGUUUGGCAAUUGAAGGGUAUAAAUAUUUGCUCAAUGUUAAUGGUUCUAAUAAUUAAUCUAGAAAUUCUGAUAUAGAACAUUCUAAAUCAUUGGAUAAGGGAUUAGUUGGGAAAAUGUAUAAAUAGCUACUGAGAAGGUACAGCUUCAGAAUGUACACAGACUGCAUUGUGUAUAGACUACUCUGGCUUUUCCUCAAUCUCUACUUUUGUAUGUAAAGACAUGCCUCAAUAAAUCCUUGAAAUAUUA